GCUGAUUGGACCGGCGGUCACGUGGCGGGGAGCGGCAAGCGGCCGUCGUCGGGUCAAUGAGCUACCGGCCGUCGCCAUGUUCAGGAUGGAGGCGCUGGGACCCAAGAUGGACCCGGAGGAGCUGCGCAGGACGAUGAGGGCCGACGUGCUACGUUCCCUCCGCUACUUCCUCAUUUACGUGGCCGUCCUGCGGGCGACUCCUUUUAUCCUAAAGAAAUUGGAUAGUAUUUGAACUUCGCUGCAGAUGGAAACCUAAUACAAGAAUGAUCUUUAUUGGUACAGACUGACAAAAUGUGCAGAGAUAAUUGAAGAUGUUGCUCUGACUAUCACAAAUGGAUCUUUUAUACUCAACUAAUGGACACAUUUUCAACCCUUGUAUUUUAAAACUGUUCUAUUUGUACAACUGGAUUAAUUGCAAAUAGUGUCUCGUACAAUUGUUUUGUUUCAAACAUGAUAUUUUUUUGGUAUUAAUGUAUAAUAGUUAUUCACUUACAAGGCAAACAAGUCUCUUUAAAAAUACAUUGUUUGCUAUGAAUGAUUUGUGGUUAUUGUUUUCUGAAUGUGAACCUGAUUUAUGUUUGACCUGGUUUCAAAAAUAGUUUUCUCUCUUGAGAAUCACUGCAGCAAUUAUUCAGUGUUUCAAAGAUGUGGAAUUUAGUCUUACCCUGAAGAUGGUCCCUGACUGGGUUGAAUGGAAGCUUUUUUUCAAUAUGAAUGUGCUUUGAAUUUGCAUGCUUUUUAAAAUGCUCUUGCUAAAAAUUCUAUAUUUAAAAUGAAAAUCCACAUUUUUCACCUGUUUAAAAAUUGUAAAGUCUUAAA